UCCAACUCCUCCAUAAAGUGCCCUCCUUACCUAUACGUCUUCGAAAGAAAUUUGUUUGAUCACGUGGUGGACAUGACGUUAUUUUUGGCCGGUUUCACCUUUGUUCUUGUCAUAACGACGUUGGACAAAGCGCAAGGGGAACCUCUAAUUGCACCACUUUGCGUAAACCCAGUCACGUCUGACAUGGUAGCAUACGACCCGACACGAGAGAUGUGCUGCGAUGGAACGCUCCACGAUGUACGUACCACCACCGGACAAAACUGCUGCGGAAAGCAGAUUUUGGACAAUUUGUCUCACAUGUGUUGUGGUCAAGAGGCCAUUCCUAUCUACGAUAAGAAGCGGUGCUGCGGCGGGACGAUCGUGUACGACUCCGAAACGCAAAUGUGCUGCGGCAACAAUGUGUACGCCAAAUCUGAUGAUUACAAUAUGUGCUGUGGCAACUACCCAAUGAAUACCCUCCAGGACACGUGCUGCCAUGUGAUUGGCUCAUCGGGGUUGACGUCACUACCAAGCAAGGGCAGAGGUCAGUGUUGUGGUCUGGACCUGACCUAUGACCCCGAGACUCAGAUGUGCUGCCAGGGUCAGACUGAAGAUGCAAUAGUCAGUGAGGUUGUGCCCAAGAACGACGAAGUUGCGUGCUGCGGUGGUAGGGCUUACAGCACAUCGCACCAACUCUGCUGCGCGGGUAUCGUGCUGAACGCAACAUCGGGCCGAACCGAGUGUUGUGGCAACACAGCGUACAAUCCUGACAACGAACACUGUUGUGCUGAAACAGUGUUUCCUAUUGGACACGGCAAAUGUUGUGGCGACCGAGCCUACCAUCCCAGUGGAGCCUCCUGUUGCCAAGGAGUGUUGCAUGAUGGGAUACCUGAGGUUACCGGAGUCCAGGCAUGCUGCGGUCCUCUAUCAUAUCUGGAGAGCGAGUCCAUCUGCUGUGCCGGGGAGAUUCACGACAAGGCACCCGGUCUAGAAUGCUGCGGCAAGGACGCAUUCAACAGCAACACCCAGCUAUGUUGUGCCGGCAACAUCCUGCCCAAAUCCUCUCAAAAUGACGCGUGCUGCGGUCGAGCCUCCUACGACCUGAGCACGGAGACAUGCUGCACCGGCGGAGAUGGCGAGAGCGAUGGGCAGACAUUUCCCCUGGCGGGCGGACGGUGCUGCCACACCGAGCACGGCAACGUGGUAGCCUACGACCCCAGCAAAGCGACAUGUUGCACAGCAGGCAACAGAAAUGGAAUCCUGUACACGGAGGUAGCAGCGAACGCCAGCGUGUGUUGUGGCCGGUAUCUCCUGGACGAGAGCACGCACCUAUGCGACCCCAACGCUGGGCACCCCAUCAGAAAAGCCACCCCAGCUGACAACCAUGUCUGCAGCAACACAAACUGGCGUCGAUCCAGGACCUACAAUUCCAUCACUCAGGUUUGCAGCCGAGGGAGAAUCAGGUCCAAGAAUCGUGUGGUGAACCUGAAUGGCUGCGGUCCGUUCACCCGAGACCCUGACACGCAGAUCUGCUGCAUGGGCAGGAUCCAUCCCAACGAGGACAGACACGGUAAUCCGCGGUUCUGCUGUCGUCACAGCAUACGUUCCUAUGUGCCGCAGCACCAGACCUGCUGCAGUGGCCGUGUGGAUAACAUCCCAGCACAGACUUCAAAAUGCUGCAGAAACAAAGCGUACAACACCGCAACGCACACCUGUGAUCGCAAUGGAAUAGUCCGGCAAACUUCGGAGAUGGCCCUUUUCCCAUUGCUGUGUGGCAGUAAGCCCUACCAUCCCUCGGAACACGAGUGUUGCGGGGGAGUCCUAAUCGGGCCUGGCCAGACUUGCUGCCGAGGGGCUGUUUAUGAGACCAGUGACAGCCUCCUGGGUGAAGGACGGUGCUGUGGUGGGGUCAAAGGUUACAACCCAGGUCGUGACCUCUGCUGUGGGGACAUCAUACACGAAAAUGUUAACCAAGGCACACUUUGCUGUGGCUCUGAAACUUGGCAUCCUCAAGACUCCGACCACAUUUGCUGUGACGGAAGGCUCCAAUCAACAUCCGGGGGCGUCAGGAGGAGCUGCAGUGGAGGGACAGCAUACAACAUCAUGACAGAGACGGUGUGCGAUGGGGUUGUCCACCCUCAAUCGAAUGGUAUCUGCUGCGGGAAGUUCGUGUACGACGACAGCAGGGAGAUUUGCUGUCGAGAAAAUGUAUAUCCCAAAGAGACGCCACACACUCUGUGCUGCGGCGCGCUGACCUACGACCCAACAGAUUCCCAGCAAAGAUGCUGCGAUGGUAGCCUGCACAGAGAUACCAGCGGCUCCCGUUGCUGUGGCAACCAACUCUUUCACCCUAGCAACCAGUUGUGUUGUUUCCACACGGCAUCACACAGUGCGUCAUACAUACUGAGCGCCAAUGGGAACCGGAACUGCGGCAGUUUGCUUGACGCCCGUGGCACGAUGCACGUUAACUGUAGUGGAACGAUGCACGUCGCUACGGAAAAUGGGGAGUGUUGCCGAGACGCGUACAUAUCGGACGCCCAGACUCAGAUGUGUUGCGAAGGCAAUAUCGUGCCAAAACUCUACGGAGCGAACUCUAUAUGUUGUGGUGGUGCUGUUGUUGAUUCAGCAGUGACACGAUGCUAGGUGCGAAAUUCUGAGGUACUCUACCAGAGUUGGUAGAAUGCUUACCGUAAAUUGGGAUAGUCUUAAAGAAAAUAAUAUAGUUACUCACGUCCUAUACUUUGCUGCCAAACUGCUGUUGCUUUCCAUUAAUUCAAUCAAAAUUAAAUGUACUUUGCACAUCCGCAGAGCUACGUCCCUAAAUGUCAAAUACGUCGAGCAAACAUCCUUGUCCUUUGUUUUUGUUUAUCCAGGACAAACAUAAAUCCAAGACAGAGUUUAAUUUUCGUAUGGAUUAUCUGCAAAUCUAAAUUCGGUAUCUCAUGUUGAGAAAUGUGUGUAAUGUAUAUGCAUUGGUGCAUCCUCGACCCAAAUAAAAUUCAUUUUGAACAUGGCACACAAAACACAGUCUGUGCAUGGCUGACAACAGUUCAACUGUAUUUUCAAUAUUUUAUUUAUAGUAUUUAAUACAUUUAUUAGGCCCUAUAACCUGUUUUUAUAACGAGAAACUUCAAGGCCAGAUAAUUUUUAUUAGCAUAAUAUUUCAGAAAGCACAAAUGAUAAUAUAUAACUUAAAAGUUUUUAGGUUUAAAUUAUUGUUUCUGUAUUACAAUAGGCCAACCAUAUAAGCGCGUUUUCUGAGGACUGACAAUUUUCUUAAGAGUAACCAGUUUGCGAUUUUUUCAAAUUGUUGUUACAUAUUUGUAUACAAUCUAAUUUCGCUUAUAUACUGCACUAUUUCUGCUACUUGUAGCUCUUAUAAUUUGUACCAUAUAAUGAAGGGCACCAAUUUCGGUAUUAAAAAU